AUGAAGAUACGAUUCUCCCCUCUGUUUGCGACAAUUCUGCUCGGCGGUAGAGUUGCCCUUGGCCAGGUACAGGCACCGGCACUUGCUGGUGUGGGAGCUCCCAUCUCACCUGCCGACAGAAUAUACUGCGGAGAUCAGUCCUCCAACACAAUCACCGUGAUCUCGCCAUAUGACAACACUGUUCUGGGGACGAUCGCAUUGGGCUCCUCCCGACUCCAGGACGUCAUCGGUCCGCAAUAUGUGCGCUCUACCAAUAGCCACGGCCUCGGAUUCUCACGGGACGGAAAAUACAUUGUUUCUCUGUCUGUCACGACCAACACGGUAACUGUCGUCAGGACGAUCGAUAACAGUAUCGUCAGUCAAACAUGGACGGAUCGUGCUCCGCACGAAGCUUUUUUUGCCCCGGAUAAUCGCACCGUCUGGGUUGGGACGCGGGGCACCAACCACGUUACCGUGGUAGACGGACUUGCUGGGAAAAUCCUCGAUACCAUUCACACGGCAAAUGGACCCAGCAAGGUCGUCUUCAGUCCGGAUGGAACCACAGCUUACGUCAAUCACAUCCGUGACCCCAUUCUCUCUAUUGUCGAUGUUGCGUCGAGAACGACGGUGCAAAACAUCACUGGUCUGGAUGAUGUCUUCUCCUCAGAUAUGCAGAUCUCGGCGGACGGAGGCACGAUCUGGACCAUGCAUAAGAUGGCCGGGACGGCGACCGUCAUUGACUUGAACGCCAGAAGGGUGGUCACGGCGGUCAACGUUGGGGUGGAGCCGAAUCAUGCCAACUUUGCAGUUCUAAACGGCACGACCCAUGUCUUCACCACAGUGGGAGCCAGCAACGAGACGAAAGUGUAUCGACAAGACUCGCCCAGCUCCGCACCUGUCUAUUUAACGUCGAUCAGGUCGUCCGGCAUUGAGCCUCACGGCCUCUGGGGCAGCCCGGACAACAAGUGGAUGUUCACCGUCAAUGAGCAUUCCGACACAGUAGACGUGAUCUCUCUCGAGACGAUGGCGGUCACAAAGACUCUGAACGUUGGGCAAGAGGGCCAGGCACUGAUAUAUGUUGCAAACGCAGUACCUGAGGGUAAUGGAACCGCGAAUCUUGGCACACAGGGUCUUUCCAUAACGGCGGCGUUGAACAAGAUUGUAGAUAUCACCUCGAAACCCGGGUCUGAAUCCAUGAUGCCCGCCUCUAACAAGACGCCCACUGCUCUCGUGACUAUUCGGAGCCUUGGUGGGUUGGAUAUGGUGCAGGUUAUUGGAAGGGAUAUCAAGCUAAACACCAGCUACACCAUGUCAGCCACAUGCCAACAGUGCAACGGAGGCCAAGUGCCGCUGCUGUCCUUCAAUGCAACGAUGAAGAGUCCCGACGGCUGUGGAAGCGCGCCUCAAGUGCUCAGCUUCUUCAAAUGGUAUGAUGUAUGGGAUCUGGAGAGCAUUCAGAUCUCUGAGACAUAG